AUGCCGCAACGCCCGGCAAGUGUAUUCGAGUGGAUCGCUGGCCCUGCGCCGACGAAGGCUGCAUAUCGAUCUGUUAGCAUAUCUAACUCCAAGGCCGAUAUGGCCGAUAUGGCCGAUCCCAAGGUUGCCAUAGCAAGUCCACUCCGUAUUCGCCGCCGUGUCCAAAUUGAAGUUGAAGUUUCUGAUUUUGGUACCUCUUCCGCCAGCUCUUCCGAUGAAGAACCUCCUCCCAAGCCAGAAGCCAAGAUACCCGAAAAGCCCAAAGUCAAGGAAUCAGAAUCGAAGAAACCUCAAGUGACCAAGGAAGUCGACAAGAAAGUCAAAUUUCAAGAACCAACUCCCAGAGAGUCAACUUCUAAAGAGCCAGCUCCUAAAGAUCCAACUCCCAAAGAGUCAAUACCCAAACUUAAGUCUGCAUUGAAGAAGAAUACUUCGGAAAUUUCAGCAAAACCUCGCCCAUGCGAAUGCUUGGAAUGUAAAGCUAGUCAGAAAUCGAAGAGUAAAAGCAGCGCAGGAGAUUCAAGCGAUUCCAGCGAGGGCAGUGAAUGUGAAGUUGCACUGACCAAUAAAUCAUUUAAACCACUGAAGAAAAAACAACAACCGAGCAACAACAACCAAAACCCACAACCACGAAUUUUGAGGCUCAAGCAAAAUCAAAAUUCUCAAACAAACCAGCAUCAACGGAAUUCUAGUGCGAAGGAACGUGGCAAUCAUCAACAGCCCAGAAAUAAUAAUCGCCAAUACGAUCAAGACAGUUCAGACGAGUCCGAUCAAUCUGAGAUCGAAGUUGUUCAAAAAAAUCGAAAACCAUCGCGCUAUCUGAAUCAUAUGAUGGAGGGAAGGAUCAUUCAAGAAAUGAGGGCUGAAGUUAUACUUCGCGAAGAUGUGAUUGAAACCCCGUCUGACCCUCGUCCAAACGCAUUUCUUGACACGAAGAGUGGUGUUCUUCGAGUUUACCAUGGUCGAGUGUAUGGCAAUCCUUUUGCGACACUUCUCACGCCAGCCCAAGUACCAAUUGGUACCUUUGCUCCAACCUCUGCGCAUUUUGGUGGCUCGCCUCCGAUGUAUAAUAUGUCUGGGGGUAACGGGCCCGCUCCUCAUGAUCAAGACCAAUUUCAACCAGAAUUACCCCGCAAUUUUUCGAACAAUACAGUGAGACAUACCCCCAAUCAGAAUUCGCAGCGCAAUUUUUCCAAUAACCAUUCCAACCGGGCUUCUUCCAAUAAUCGGCGCCAGCAGCAGGGUAGCAGUGGCAAUAACAACAGCCAGCAUGUGCCAGGUGGUUGGGUCGAUGAUACAAAUAACAAAGAAGACUCUAGCUCAGCAGACAACAAUGGCUUGGGCUCUGGUUGUAAUAAUAAUGAAGAGCAGGCCAAUAAUAACCAGGAUUCAGGUGAUCGGGGCAAUAACGAUACAAACAACAAUCAAGGCUCGGGUGGCUCAGGGAAUAAUGGUCAGAACCGCAAUCAACGGGCCGCUUCUGUUAGCAGUCACAAAACGCAGACCUCCAACAAGCAGAAGAACAACAAGAAGAUCGAAAAGGGUCAAGCGAAUCAGAGUAAUCAGUCUAACAACAACAACAACUCCGGCAAUGCAUGGGGCGUAGAUAAUAAUGAUCAAUCUGGUAACUCAAACAGCUGGGGUGCCAAUAAUGAUACAGGCGGGGAUUCUGGUUGGGGAAAUGAUACCAAGCAAGAUGCAGACGCUGCAGCGAACAAUACCUCUUGGGGAAAUGACAACAGCAACUCGAAUGUCAACUCCAAUAAUCAGAACUCUGGCUGGGGAGGAGACAAUCAGGAAUCGAACAAUCAAAACUCAAGUUGGGAUAACGAUAAUAAUCAAGAGUCAAACAAUAAUUCGAACAACCAGAAUUCUAGUUGGGGCAAUGAUGAUAACCAGGAGUCAAAUGAUAAUUCGAACAAUCAAGAAUCCAGCUGGGGCAAUAAUAAUAAGCAGAACUCGAAUGAGAAUUCCGACAAUCAGGGCUCGGGCUGGGGUAACGAUAAUAACCAAGACUCGAAUGAUAAUUCGAACAAUCAAAACUGGGACUGGGGCAAUGAUAAUAAUCAAGACUCUAAUGAUAACUCCAACAAUCAAAAUUCUGGUUGGGAAGCAGAUAAUCAGGAUUCCAAUAAGUCAAAUAACAAAUCUUCAAGCAAGGGCAACAAUGAUAAUAACGGCCAAUCAAACUCCAAAGACCAGUCAAGCAAUAACACAACCGGAGGCUGGGGAGGUUCGAACGAGAAACAAGGUAAUGCCAAUUCGGGAGGAUGGGGAAAUCCUAAUAAUCAACAAAACAAUGACAAGUCCGGCUCUCGUACAGCUUCUCAAAACAACACCAAAUCGAACAACAACGCCUCCAAAAAGUCACCCAACAACAAGUCAAGUAACAAUCAAAAGUCCAAAAGCUACGAUGAUCCCGAGUGGACCGCCCACAACGAUGAUCAAGAGGAAGAUCAAAACCAGCAAGAUAGUAGUAAUGACUGGGGACCAACCAAUACAAGCUAUAACGUCGUACAAAGUGCCAAGGGCAAAGGCUGGAACAACAAGAAAACCCAAAACCAAAGCAAUAGUGGCAAAAAAGCAAGUUCUAAUAAAGGAAGUCAAUGGGGAGGCGAUGGUCAUAACUCCGGCGAGGGAGGAGAUCAUGAUGAGGACGUAGAAGAAGGAAAUCCGCAGUUUAGGGAUCACACACCUACUAGCAGUGAGAUAUUGAGGAAUUGGGAUAGUAAGAAUCAGGGUGGUUACGCGGGAUUUGGAAAUGUGAAUAUUGGGAAGUAUGAUGGUGGAGGAAAGAAAAAGACUCAUGCGAGAACUCCUACUGCUCUGAGUCUCGCGGGAAGCUGGGUGGGGUCGGAACCUAGUGAUAAUGAAUAUGCUGGUAGAGGUCGCAAGGGUAGUAAAGGAGGUAAAUGGGGAAAGAACAAGGCAAGUAAACCGGGUAAUACAGGGUAUGAUAACAAUGCAAGCAGUAGUAGUGGAUGGAAUGUUACUGGCCCUAGUGGUGGUUGGUAG